AUGGCAGCCGCUGCGACCCUCCGCUGCGUCGCCGGUCCGACCAGCACGGCCACUCGGUCGGCCGCAAGUCUCUUCGUCCAGCUGUCUGCGCAACACCGUCGCCCUGCCGGCGCGGUCGUCGACUUCCUCCUCCCCAACCAGCUCCGCCAGUAUGGAGCAGCAGCAGCAGCAGCCGCGGCCGCCCCGGCUCCGCGAAGUCUAGGCAAGGCGGGCAUCAGAAACAGCUCUUCUCUGCGCCGGCAAACCACCGGAGCUGCUCCAAGGGCAGACGUCCUCCAGAGGCACGCGCCGCAGAACUGCCGCGCCCUGUCGACCACCGCCCCGCGCCUCGCCACGCACACCCUGUUCAACCCGGCCAAGGACGAGGACGGCAACGACAUGAAGCUGGAGAUCACCCCCAGGGCAGCAAAGCGCCUAUCCGAUAUCAUGAAGAAGGACUCGAACCCGCACCUCGCCCUGCGUAUCCAGGUCGAGAGCGGCGGCUGCCACGGCUUCCAGUACAUCAUGAAGCUCAUCACCCUGCCCGACCAGCUGCCCGGCACGAGCGCACCCGAGUCCUCCGCCUCCUCCCCCUCCUCCUCGUCGGAUGAGGAUGCCACAAUCCGAGAGGACGAUACCAUAUUCACCUUUGCCAAGGAUGACGAGGCGGCCGAGAUGGCUCCGAGUCUCACUGCGCCGAAGAUCAUCCUCGACACCCCCUCGCUCGAGCUGCUCAAGGGUAGCAAGGUCGAUUAUACAAUGGAGCUCAUCGGCUCCCAGUUCAAGAUCGUGGACAAUCCGCUGGCCACGAGCAGCUGCGGCUGCGGCACGAGCUUCGAUAUCAAGAUAUAG